AGCAAUUAAGAUCCUGCACUCUGGCCGGUGGUUGGCCUUUUUAAGGCGGCCUGCCUCUCCUCUUCUGCUUCCCGCAAUGCAUCUGCAGCCAGCCAGCAAGCAAGCACAGUAGCCAGCCCAGCUACCCACAUUUUUCAGUUUUUAUGCGUACUUCGUGCUUGCAUAGUGCCAAGCAAGAGAUGGACGCCGAGCCUCGUCGGCAGCAGCAGCAGGAGGAGCAGGCGGCGGCGGUGAAGGAGAAGGACGCCGACGCCGAGCCCGUCCACAACCACCGCGGAUGGAAGGCCAUGCCAUACGUCAUAGGGAACGAGACGUUCGAGAAGCUUGGCACGAUCGGGACGCUGUCCAACAUGCUGGUGUACCUGACGACGGUGUACCGCAUGCAGAGCGUCGACGCCGCCACCCUCCUCAACGUCUUCUCCGGCACCAGCAACCUCGCCACCGUCCUCGGCGCAUUCGUCAGCGACACCUACCUCGGCCGCUACACCACCAUCGCCAUCUCCACCUUCGCCUCCUUCCUCGGCAUGCUCCUGCUCACCCUCACCGCCGCCCUCCCCUCCCUCCACCCCGCCACCUGCGACGCGUCCAAAGGACAGCGGCAGCGGCAGUGCCAGGGCCCAUCCGCCUCCCACUUCGCCGCUCUCAUGGCCUCCUUCUUCUUCCUCGUCGUCGGCGCCAGCGGCAUUCGGCCCUGCAGCCUGGCCUUUGGGGCGGACCAGUUUGACUCGCGCACCGCCGAGGGGCGCCGCGGCAUCGCCAGCUUCUUCAACUGGUACUACUUCACCUUCACCAUCGCCAUCAUGCUCUCUGGCACCGUCAUCAUCUACCUCCAGAGCAGCGUCAACUGGGCGCUGGGGCUCGCCGUCCCCACCGUGCUCAUGGGCAUCUCAUGCGUCGUCUUCUUCAUGGGCACUCGGCUCUAUGUUCUUGUCCGCCCCGAGGGCAGCCCGUUAACUAGUUUUGCGCAGGUCCUCGUCGCCGCCGCCCGCAAGCGGCACCUCCGGCGAGCUCGUAGCGUCGCCGAUCUGUUCGACCCGCCUCAUCGGAGCAAGCUCGUCUCCAAGCUGCCCUACACCGACCAGUUCACGUGCCUCGACAAGGCGGCCAUGCGGACCCCCGAGGACGCGCUCUGCUCUGACGAGAAGACGCCGGCGAACCCAUGGCAAUUGUGCACGGUGCAGCAGGUGGAGGAGGUGAAGUGCCUAGCGCGCAUUAUCCCGGUGUGGUCAUCGGGGAUCGUCUACUUCGUGGUGCUCUCCCAGCUCGGCACCUACGUCGUGCUCCAGGCGGCGCAGACCGACCGUCAUGUCAGCAGCGCCAUCAGCUUCCAGAUCCCAGAGGGCUCAUUCAUCGUCUUCUCCAUGCUCUCCCUCACGCUGUGGAUACCCGUGUACGACCGGCUAGUAGUCCCAGCGCUCCGCCGCUUCACCAAGCAAGAAGGCGGCAUCACCCUGCUCCAGCGCAUCGGCGUCGGGCUGGCGCUCUCCGUGGCGACGAUGCUGGUGUCGGUGGCAGUGGAGCACCGGCGGCGUCGCCGGGCCACCAUGAUGUCGUGCUUCUGGCUGGUGCCGCAGAUGCUGCUGGCGGGCCUGUCGGAGGCGUUCGCCGGCAUCGGGCAGCUCGAGUUCUACUACCGGCACUUCCCGGAGAACAUGCGGAGCGUGGCGGGGGCGGUCUACUACCUGGGGUUCGCCCUGGCGAGCUACGCGAGCGGGGCCAUGGUGACGGUGGUGCACCGGGCGACGAUGGGGCGGGACGGGCGGCCGGACUGGCUGGCGGAAGACCUGGACCAGGGGAGGGUCGACCUGUUCUACCUCGUCACCGCCGCCAUCGCCGCCGUUAACUUCGUCUACUUCGUGGCCUGCGCGCGGUCGUACAGGUCCAAGGAGUUUGACGCCGGCGACGAUGCCGGCUCCCACGCCAACGGGGAUGGCGUCGAGCUCGUCGACGGAAGACCGGAGAAGUUUGUUAAUGAUGCGGCUGUUUAGUUUAGUUGGUUAUUGGCCGUGAUGCAUGGAUUGUUAGAUUAAUGGACAUGAAUCUACGUAUGUACUCCCUCCCUUCCGAAAUAUAAGUCUUUUUAAAGAUUUUUUUAAA